GAAAAAAAAAAUAUUUUUUUGAGGGGGAAGCGGGCCUAGGGCGAAACUUGGCGAGAAACAUGAGAUUGACAGAGCAUCGAUAGAAGAAAGAAACAAAAAAGUGGCAAAUCUUCCAUCUCCGUCUGUCUUAUCUGAUUUUUGUUCCUCCUCAGCCUCUUCUUUCUUUUCUCUUCUCGUUUUUAGAGAAAAACUUUUUAUUUUAAUUUUAGAAGGAAAAAGAUAAAUUGGAAUGAUUUAAGCCCGAUACCACCAUCUCGGAGCUGCCCCUGCCAAUCCGAAUUACUUGCUUUUCCAUUUCAUGCUAGCGGGAGAUUUUGUUUUAUUUGGAUUUAUUAAGGUUCAAUUGGGUUUAUUUAAGGAAGGAUGAAGGGAAUUAGAGACUGGGUUUUCACUCAAAUACUAUCCAAGUCUUUGGACUCGUCUAGACCACUGUCCGGCAGUGGUGGUUUCUUUCCCGAGGCUCCUUCGUCUCGAGAGGAACAAUAUGAUCAUCAAGGUUCAUCUCACACCACCAGUUCGGUGGCAUUGUCAGUGCGUCCUGAUACAUCAUGCUCGUCUGGUUGUAUUCAUGAUAAUGACCCUUAUACUUCGCAGCAGCAAAUCCUAGUUGAAGAUUCUAAUCUGUUAGAUGACAGUCCUUAUAGAAAAAAGAUGGAUCCAUUGGCAAAAGUUGAAGAUCUCCAGAUAAAAUUCUUGCGUCUUCUCCAACGGUUGGGGCAAUUUCAUGACAAUCUUCUGGUGGCCAAAGUUUUAUAUAGGAUGCACCUAGCAACUUUGAUACGAGCAGGGGAAUCAGAUUUGAAAAGAGUGAACUUAAGAAAUGAAAGAGCUAAAGGAAUUGCAAGAGAACAGGAGGCAUCUGGGCUGCCAGAAUUAGAUUUCUCUAUUAAAAUACUUGUCCUUGGCAAAACAGGCGUUGGCAAGAGUGCAACCAUAAAUUCUAUCUUUGAUCAACCAAAAACUGAGACCAAUGCGUUUCAUCCUGCCACUGAUUGCAUUAGAGAGGUUGUGGGAACUGUUAAUGGGAUUAAGAUAACAUUCAUUGAUACCCCAGGUUUUUUACCUUCAUCUACAAGUAAUGUGAGAAGAAAUAGGAAGGUUAUGCUAUCCGUGAAGAGAUACAUUAGAAGAUCCCCUCCAGACGUUGUUCUAUAUUUUGAGCGGCUUGACCUCAUCAACAUGGGUUAUAGUGAUUUCCCCCUUUUGAAGCUUAUGACCAAAGUUUUUGGUAGUGCCAUUUGGUUUAACACCAUCCUUGUCAUGACACAUUCUUCUCCUACUCUUCCCGAAGAUCCCAAUGGGUAUCCUGUCAGUUAUGAAUCAUAUGUGAACCAUUGCACAGAUUUGGUGCAGCAAUAUAUACACCAGGCAGUGUCUGAUUCAAGGCUUGAGAACCCUGUACUUUUAGUGGAGAAUGACCCUCAGUGCAAAAGAAAUAUCAUGGGGCAAAAUAUACUUCCAAAUGGACAGGUUUGGAAAUCCCAAUUCUUGUUAUUAUGCAUAUGUACCAAGGUUCUUGGUGAUGCCAACAGCCUCUUGGAAUUUCAAGACAGCAUUGAACUAGGACCAUUAAGUAACAGCCGGUUGCCUUCUCUGCCUCAUCUUCUCUCAUCUUUUCUACGUCAUCGGUCAGUCUCACAUCCAGCUGAACCAGAAAUCAAAGUUGAUGAGAUUCUGCUCUCGGAUGUGGAAGAAGAAGAGGAGUACGAUAAAUUGCCUUCAAUUCGAAUCCUGACAAAGUCUCAAUUUAAAAAAUUGACUAAAUCACAGAAAAGAGCCUAUCUUGAUGAACUGGAAUACAGAGAGACUCUUUAUUUGAAAAAACAGUUGAAGGAAGAGAACCUAAGACAGAAGGAGAGCAAGCUCUCCAAAGAGAAAAGCUUUGCAGGUGAUGAUGAUGCUAAUGACAAGGUAUCUCCAGAGGCUGUACCAUUACCAGAUAUGGCAGUCCCUCCAAGUUUUGACUCAGAUUGCCCAGUACACAGAUAUCGCUGUCUUGUCACAAAUGACCAAUGGCUUGCGAGACCUGUUCUUGAUCCCCAUGGAUGGGAUCAUGAUGUUGGUUUUGAUGGUAUAAACUUGGAGACAGCUUUGGAAGUGAAGAAGAAUGUUUUUGCUUCAAUUACAGGACAGAUGAGUAAGGACAAGCAUGAUUUCAGUAUUCAAUCUGAAUGUGCUGCUGCAUAUGUAGAUCCUGUGGGGCCUACUUAUUCUGUAGGACUUGAUCUUCAGUCUACUGGUAAAGAUCUGAUGUAUACUGUUCAAAGCAAUGCAAAGCUGAGGAGCCUCAAGCACAAUGUCACUGAUUGUGGUGUUUCUUUCACAUCAUUUGGGAACAAAUAUUAUGUUGGUGCUAAGCUUGAGGAUGCCAUAUUGGUGGGGAAGAGAAUGAAGUUUGUUUUGAAUGCUGGAAGAAUGGAGGGUUCUGGACAAGUGGCAUAUGGUGGGAGUUUUGAAGCUACCUUUAGAGGGAGGGACUACCCUGUGAGAAAUGACAGUGUUAGCCUCACUAUGACAGCUCUCUCCUUUAAUAAAGAGACAGUACUUGGUGGUGGUUUCCAGUCUGAGUUCAGGCCAAUGCGAGGCAUGAGGCUGUCUGUCAGUGGCAACAUAAAUAGCCAGAAAAUGGGGCAAGUUUGUGUGAAGAUGGCUAGCUCUGAGCAUGUUGAGAUUGCAUUGGUUGCUGUCUUUUCAAUUUUUAGGGCCCUUUGGCGUAGAAAGGAAAAUAGAGACAUUGAAGCACUAGAGGGUGGUUAAGCACUAGAUUUUCCUUGUUGAGAGAGAGCCUGGUCAAGAAAGCAGUUUAUAUCUGGAAUAGUCUUUCCAUCCAAACAGAUGAUAUAGUAUGCAGGAUUUUUUGAGGUCAUUCCGGAUAUAGUCUCACUUUGUUGAAUGCCUUAAUUCAGAAAUAUGGGAGAAAGACCAUGUGUUGACUUCGGUCUCUCCGCUACCUUGAGGAGUCCAUAGCAUUUGUGUACCCAGUUGAGCUGCCAGGCUUGGCAGCAGAGGCUAGUGUCAAUCGAGGCAAUAAUUGUACAGGGAAUCACCGGAGAUAAAAAUUUUUGUGAUUCAUGGGAAAACGCUAAAUAGUUGCAAUAGGGUGACCAAAAUUCUUCCUUUUUAUUUGUUUUGGUCUAAAGGGUUGAAAUUGUUGUUGAGCUAGAUUUUGUUGUAUUAAAUGCCAACACAUAAUUUUUCUUAGUGGUCUUUCUAAACUAGUGGACCUUUUCAUGUUAAAUUUACUUAUUAAAUUGUGAUAUUGCUACUAAUCUGAGUUCUUCCUCAAUUUGGGAACCUUAGAUUCCUUUAACUAAACAUGCAAUGGCUAAUGUGCCAGCCUGAAAUUUGAUACUUGACGCCUUUAGAAA